GUCUCCGGGUUGUGGGGUGAGGAAGAGUGGCGGGUGUGUUCCGGGCUGGUGUGCGUAACGCCAGCCAGCCAGCCAGCCAGCCCGCCAGCCCGCUCCGUGUUCCCUUGGCUACGCCACGCUUUCCCCGGCUUGUUUGUGUUGCGGAGCGGUCCGUGUUGACUCGGUGGUUACUGGAUAACAGGGCAGGGUUACGGACCCGGUAUGAGGAGCAGCACCAGCGGCUGAGCGGCAUGGAGGUGUGACGAGGCCGCCGGGCUGCCUGCGAGGAGCCGGGAGCCGGAAGCGCCCUGGACAACAUGACCGUCUUCAACCAGCAGAAUGUGGAGGAAUUUUACGCGAUUGGAGACGAACUCGGGAGCGGUCAGUUUGCUGUGGUCAGAAGAUGCCGGAACCGGAGUACGGGCGUGGACUAUGCUGCAAAGUUCAUCAAGAAGCGGCGGAGCAAGUCAAGCCGGCGGGGGGUGACCCGGGAGGACAUCGAGCGCGAGGUGAAUAUCCUGAAGGAGAUCCAGCAUCCCAACGUCAUCACGCUGCACGACGUCUACGAGAACAAGGCCGACGUCAUCCUCAUCUUGGAACUUGUGGCCGGCGGCGAGCUGUUUGACUUCCUGGCAGAGAAGGAGUCUCUAACGGAGGAGGAGGCCACCCAGUUCCUCAAGCAGAUCCUGGACGGCGUCUUCUACCUGCACUCCAAACAAAUCGCCCACUUCGACCUCAAGCCCGAGAACAUCAUGCUGCUGAACCGAACAGUGCCUCAUCCACGCAUCAAGCUCAUCGACUUUGGUCUGGCACACAAGAUUGAUUUCGGCAAUGAUUUCAAAAACAUUUUUGGAACUCCAGAAUUUGUAGCUCCAGAGGUGGUCAAUUAUGAACCUUUAGGUUUGGAGGCAGACAUGUGGAGUGUUGGUGUGAUAACCUACAUACUUCUGAGUGGAGCGUCUCCCUUCCUGGGGGACAACAAGCAGGAGACGCUGGCCAACGUUUCAGCCGUCAACUACACCUUCGAUGAGGAGUUCUUCAGCAACACCAGCGCCCUGGCCAAAGACUUCAUCGCACGGCUUCUCAUCAAAGACCCCAAAAAGCGAAUGACGAUUCAGGACAGCCUGCAGCAUCCCUGGAUCAAGCCAAAAGACACACAGCAAGCACUGAGCCGGAAGGAGUCCGCGGUCAACAUGGAGAAAUUCAAAAAGUUUGCAGCACGGAGAAAGUGGAAACAAUCCGUCCGACUCAUCUCCUUAUGCAACCGCCUGUCCCGCUCCUUCCUGUCCCGGAGCAACAUCAGCGUGGCGCGGAGCGACGACACGCUGGAUGAGGAAGACUCUUUUGUUAUGAAGGCCAUCAUCCAUGCCAUCAACGAUGACAAUGUGCCCGGUCUCCAACACCUGCUGGGCUCUCUGACCAGCUACGAUGUCAACCAGCCCAACAAGCAUGGAACCCCUCCCCUACUGAUAGCGGCAGGCUGUGGUAACAUCCAGAUCAUCGAGGUGUUGAUGAGAAAAGGCGCUGAGAUCCAGGCCCAUGACAAGAGUGGAGCCAACGCUAUCUAUUACUCAGCGAGGCACGGCCACGUCGGGACCCUGAAAUUCCUGCAUGAAAAGAAGUGUCCUCUGGACGUCCAAGAUAAGUGCGGGGAGACUGCCCUCCACGUGGCGUCACGGUAUGGCAAUGUAGACGUGGUCAGCUAUCUCUGCAGCAUCCUGGCUAACCCAGACCUGGCGGACAGGGAGCAGGAGACCCCCCUGCACUGUGCAGCCUGGCACGGGUACUCGGCGGUGGCGCGGGUCUUGUGCCAGGCCAGGUGUCAGGUGGAUGCCAGGAACCGUGAGGGUGAGAGCCCCCUGCUGACAGCCUCGGCGCGUGGCUUCAGGGACAUCGUGGAGUGUCUGGUGGAACAUGGGGCCAAUCUGGACGCCACCGACAAGGACGGCCACACGGCUCUCCACCUGGCUGUACGUAGGUGUCAGGUGGGGGUGGUCCGUUGCCUGAUCAGACAUCGCUGCCCACUGGACCAGCAGGAUCGCCAUGGCAACACACCGCUGCACAUCGCCUGUAAGGAUGGCAACCUGACCAUCGUCACAGCGAUCUGUCACGCCAAGGCCAGCCUGGACCUCCCGAAUAAGUAUGGAAGAACUCCCCUUCACCUGGCGGCCAGCAACGGCAGUCUCGAAGUCGUCCGCCAUCUCUGCCUGGCGGGAGCCAACAUCGACGUCAUCACUAAUGAUGGGAAGACAGCCGAAGACUUGGCUUCCAGUGAACACCAUGAACACAUUGUGAUGCUGCUGGGCAAGCUCAAGAAGGACAACCAUAAGCUGAGUUACAUCCAGCAGCUGCGGCCCACCCAGAUGGUCCAGCCCAGGAUCAAACUGAAGCUGUUUGGUCACUCGGGGGCCGGGAAGAGCACCCUGCUGGAGUCCCUCAAGUGUGGCAUCCUCAGGAGUUUCUUCAGGAGGAAGAGAACACGGAUGACCAACACGGCGCGGCACCCGAACUCCCCCGUCAACUCCAAACCCAGCGUGUCGGCGAGCAUCUCCAACCUUUACCCAGGCUGUGAGAACGUGAGUGUGCGGAGCCGCAGCAUGAUGUUUGAGCCCAGCCUGACCAAAGGUGUGCUUGAGGUCUUCUCACCUGUCCACAACGCCCUGUCCUCAGCUGACGAGCAGGCCACCAAGGCCAUCGACAUCCAGCACGCCAACAUCAAUGGUGUGGGGGACUUCACUGUGUGGGAGUUUUCUGGGAACCCAGUCUACUAUUGCACCUAUGACUACUUUGCGGCCAAUGACGUCACAGCGCUCCACCUGGUGCUGUUCAGCCUGGAGGAGCCGUAUGAGACCCAGCUGAGCCACAUCACCUACUGGCUCAACCUGCUCAAAGCCCUCACGCAGCCGCAGGACACCAUUGCUUUUGGAGGUCGUAUCCAGCAGCCUCUUGCCGUGGUCCUGGUGGCAACCCAUGCCGACCUGGCCAACGUCCCCCGAGCCUUUUCUGGAGAGUUCAGUUACGACAAGGAAAGAGCCCUGCUGAAAGAAGUCCGGAACAGGUUUGGAAAUGACCUGCAAAUUAGUGAAAAGUUGUUUGUGAUGGAUGCCGGAGCAUCCAACUCCAAAGACAUGAAGUUACUGAGGAGUCACCUUCAGGAGCUCCGCUCCAACGUCAUUUCUAGGUGUAGUCCAAUGACGCUGCUGUCAGAGCGCCUGUUAGCCGCCUUGCCAGCCUGGAGGAAGUUGAGCGGGCCCAACCAGCUGACGUCCUGGCAGCAGUUUGUCAGUGAUGUCCAGGAGCACAUUAACCCUCUGGUCAGCCAGGAGCACCUCCGCACACUGGCCCUGCAGCUGCACAGCAUGGGAGAGAUCAACAUCAUGCAGAGUGAGACGGUGCAGGACGUGGUGUUGCUGGAGCCACGCUGGCUCUGCAGCAACAUCCUGGCCAAGCUGCUGUCUGUGGAGGCGCCCAAAGCCAUCCACCACUACAGAGGACGCUACAGGCUGGAGGAGGUCCAAGCGCUCGCACCCGACAGUGAUGUGGACGAACUGCUGCAAAUCCUGGAUGCCAUGGACGUGUGCGCCCGCGAUGUUACUAACCCCUCCAUGGUGGACGUGCCAGCCCUCAUCAAGACAAAUGGCCUCCACCGCUCCUGGACCGAAGAGGAGGAGGAGGAGGAGUCGCUGAUCUAUGGGGGAGUACGUCUCGUCCCUGCCGAGCACUUGACCCCAUUCCCCUGUGGCCUGUUCCACAAACUACAGGUCAACCUGUGCCGCUGGAGCCACCAGCAGAAGCCUGAAGAAGAGGGUGGGGAGGAGGUUGAUGGAGAUAUCCGGCUGUGGACCAAUGGUGCCAAGGUCAGCCAGGCGAGUGCUGAGGCCAUGAUCCUAUUGGUCAACCACGGUCAGGGGGUGGAGAUUCAGGUGCGUGGCCACGAUUCAGAACGAGCCAAGUGCUACACCCUGUUGGACACCAUCUGUAGUAUAACGGAGAACCUUUUGGCCUCCACUCUCCCCGGACUGCUCACAGCCAAAUACUACCUAAGUCCCCAGCAGCUGAGAGAACACCAUGGCCCCAUCAUGAUCUAUCAACCCAAAGACUUCCUCCGUGCCCAGGUGCAGCGGGAAACCUCGCUCACCAACACCAUGGGCGGCUACCGGGAGAGCUUCAGCAGCAUCUUGGCCUUUGGCUGCGCCGAGGUUUACCAACAGGGCAGUCUGGGGAAAGACAUCCACAUCUCGGAGGUUUGUCUGUUGGCUCGCAGGAAACUCUGCCGCAUGCUGGACCCUCCGGAUGCCUUGGGGAAAGACUGGUGCCUGCUAGCCAUGAACCUCAGGCUCACAGAGCUGGUGGCCAAGUACAGCGCUGGGACUCCCAACGAACCCCCUGAGCUGGAUUCGGACUCAGACCAGGUCCCACUGCCACCCAGCCCCACGGCGGCCUUGCUGCAGGAGUGGAGUGGGCGAGCGGACAGCACUGUGGGCGUCCUGAUGGCGAAGCUAAGGGAGCUGGGCCGGCGGGAUGCAGCCGACUUCCUCCUCAAAGCCUCUCCUGUUUUCCGUGUCAAUAUGGAAGCGCUGGGAGGGGCGGCUAGCGGCUAUGCCCCCAUAUGUAAUGGAGGCACCUCUUACAACUCCAUCAGCUCUGUCAUAUCGCGCUAACAGAAAAUUAAAUCAGAGUCUGCGUUCUCUCCAGGCUAAGAGGUUGGAGAGAUAAGCUAAACUGAUCUGCGAUAUGGGGGAGGUUUCCUCCAAGCCCAGAGUCGGCCGCCGCUAUGUUAAUGAACAUGAAGUGCAAUCUUUACCGCAGCAUCGCUCCCAUCUCCCCACGAUGGUCCAUUAAAACAAACCUUGUGUUAGAACUUCCCAUGCCUGUAUUAAUAAAUCCUUCCCUCCAGUGUGAAUGUUUUCAGUCGGCCAGCUGCCGCGCUCUCCAAAGAGGAUUUCUGUGCUCUGCUGGUUUCUAUUCUGUCUGUAAUCUAUUGUGCUGCUUUUUAAUACAACCCUUACCCCUGCCCCAUUUCUCCUACAGCUAACUGUCCUUAAGCAAAGAAACCAACUGUAUUCCUAGAUUUACAGCAGCUCGGUGUGUGGGGAUGGGCCUGGUUGGAUGAAUUUUCAACAUAUCCAUCCUACAAUCCAAAUAUGAGGACUGAAGUGUGUCGAUCUUGGAGGCUACCAUCUUUAAGCACAUAGUCAAUUGCAGUUACGUGUCUCGGUAUCAACCUACUGGCUUCCCUUUUUACUGAUGUGGCGAUAGCAGUUCAGUUCAGCGCUUCAGAGUGCCUUCGAGGCCUUCUACCUCCCGGAAUAAAAGCACAAUAGUCCUCCAGAUAUGAGAUAUACACUAGUUCUGUUUUAGACAUUUGAGGAACUGUGCCUUGUUGAUUCUAACAGAGAACAAUAUAUUAGAUCUGAAUCUAGCAGGUGUCCUAGGUUUCUGACUUUGGCAAGGAAAGUAAUAGCUGUCACUGGCAUUUCACAUUUCUGACAAACCGCUGAAAUGGUUAAACAAAGUAAAUAUACCGCAAAACAAAAGCUUGGCUUAAGUAACAGAAGGACGCCGCUGUGUGUUCCCCCAACCUGACUUUCAUUUUGCAAACAAAAAACAGCAACGCUAAAACCUCGCUUAGGCGUCCAGCGUGUUGUGUUGCAGCUGGAUGCCAAGUCAGGUUUCAGUCAAAACCUUCACAUCUCAGCAUUUACCUGCUCUCCCCAUGGAACCAGUAGGUGUGGUGCAUUGUGGGACAUCUAAACAGCGUUAAAGUGUGGGGGGGGGCAUGUCAUAGGUGUUGAUUUGCUCAGCUCAUCUUUAUGGACUCUGUUAUGAUAAGCUCACAAGUACAACAGUAACGUUGUCUUGUUAACCAGCAACAACACAACACGGCCUGAGACGAAAACUCAAAGUCCUUCCUUUCACUUGUCCUGCAGAGCUCCUCACACAAAAGAGGACUUUUAUUCUGAGACACCUCGGCUUGAUGGAGGCGUAUUGAUCUCAAUGUAAAAGAAGCUGGUUAGGGGCGUCCGGGUGGCGUAGCGGUCUAUUCUGUUGCCUACCAACACGGGGAUCGCCGGUUCGAAUCCCCAUGUUGCCUCCGGCUUGGUCGGGCGUCCCUACAGACACAAUUGGCCGUGUGCGGGUGGGGAGCCAGAUGUGGGUAUGUGUCCUG